CGCUUCAGACAUCAGGAGUUGUCCAUAUAACUGCAAGUGUGAGUCUGUAUCUAUGUGACUACGCGCAGUAAGGAGAGAGAGUUUCCGCAGGCGCACGGAGGCAUCCGGGGAUGGAACGGAGAGGCGUCCAGGGAGGAGGAGCGUCAGGACGGCCUCCGCCUCAGGGAAAGCCGUUCCUGGUUCACGCCGCACCGCGUCUCCUGGGCGGCCUUUUCAUGGGGGCUGCGGCUCUGUGAGAAGGAGGAUAGAGGCGGUGCUACCGCUUUGGUUCAACACUUUGGGGAGGGUCUGGUUCAGCCAGUCCCCAGCGGCCGUCCCCGCCGCUCCGGGAAAGCUGACAAGUUCCUGCAGUUCGCGCUGUGCUCCGAAAGCGCGGCUACGGCUUGGUGUCCUCAGCAGGUCCAUGCAUUAUAAGUGCCUUUCUGAAGUCACUCAUACAAGAAACAUCUUGCCUGUUUUUUUAAAACAAUCUCUGCCAGCUCUUACCUUGCAUGUCAUCUGUAGCAGUUUGCCAGCUGCUUGAUACAAAACUGACUCAAGCAUUUACAGAGCCUGAGGAAAAUAUUAGAUUGGGCAUGGGAACUGCUGAAUGUGUAGCGCUUUCUGUGUAAUCAAUGCCAACAAAGAGGACACAGUGGGCUAAAAUAUUAUCAAGGAGUGCCAUUGUAUGAAAAUAAACUUUUUAACAAAACAGUGUCAACAAAACCAUCAAGGGACUCAAUUUUUUACAGCCAGAAAUGCUACCAAGCAUGAAAAUUUUGCAACCAAAAGCCUACAAGUGGCACAUAUUGAAUGAGGAUUGACAUGCUUUCUGAUAAAUAGUUGCUCAUUCAGCUUUGUGUGCAUUGGACUGUCUGAAGCAUUUAUUACAUCAUUGUUACUAGGAGCUAUUUACAUUGAAAAGGUUUUCCUGAAUUGUUGGAGUUCAAAACUGGCGGUGAUUUCAUUAACAGCAACUCUGAAAAUUUAAAUCAGUUUUACACCAUGGCUUUGAAUGUUGCUCCAGUAAGAGAUACAAAAUGGCUGACAUUAGAAGUGUGCAGGCAGUUUCAGAGAGGAACUUGUUCACGCUCUGAUGAGGAAUGUAAAUUUGCACAUCCACCCAAAAGCUGCCUGGUUGAAAAUGGAAGAGUUAUUGCCUGCUUUGAUUCUCUAAAGAGCCGGUGCACAAGAGAGAACUGCAAAUACCUUCAUCCACCAACACAUUUGAAAACUCAGCUAGAAAUCAAUGGUAGGAACAACCUGAUCCAACAGAAAACUGCAGCAGCAAUGCUUGCACAGCAGAUGCCAUUUAUGUUCCCAGGAACUCCCCUUCAGCCAAUGCCCUCAUUUCCUGUAGGGCCAACAAUAGGAGCCAACACAGCACUUAGCUUUGCACCCUAUUUGACGUCUGUCACUCCUGGGGUUGGAUUAGUUCCUACCGAAAUUGUUCCCACACAACCUGUCAUUGUUCCUGGAAGUCCCCCUGUUACAGUCCCUGGUUCAGCUACGACACAGAAACUCCUCAGGACAGAUAAACUGGAGGUUUGCAGGGAGUUCCAGCGAGGAAACUGUGCACGGGGCGAAACUGACUGCCGCUUUGCACAUCCUGCAGACAGCACAAUGAUUGAUACAAAUGACAACACCGUAACUGUUUGUAUGGAUUACAUAAAGGGGCGCUGCAUGAGGGAGAAAUGCAAAUAUUUUCACCCUCCUGCUCACUUGCAGGCCAAAAUCAAAGCUGCUCAGCACCAAGCCAACCAGGCUGCGGUGGCUGCUCAGGCAGCUGCUGCAGCUGCUACAGUGAUGACUCAGUCGACUGCCAAAGCAAUGAAGCGACCUCUUGAAGCAACUGUAGACCUGGCCUUUCCUCCUGGUGUUCUUCACCCUUUACCAAAGAGGCAAGCACUUGAGAAAAGCAAUGGUGCCAGUGCUGUUUUUAAUCCCAGUUUCUUGCACUACCAACAGGCUCUUGCUAGUGCGCAGUUGCAGCAACAUGCAGCAUUUAUUCCAACAGAUCAUCCUGAAAUAGUCAACGGGAAUGGGGUGGAAUGUCAAGAGGCCUCGAUGAGGACAGCAAAGCAUUGUUACUGUACAUACUACCCUGUCUCUUCCUCAAUAGAAUUGCCACAAACUGCAUGCUGAGUAAAGAGUUUGUUCAUCUGGACAAAUCACAAACACUAAAGAGCUAGUGCUGCUAUAUCAUAAAUGAAUAUUAAAUAUGGUAUGCUUAGUGUAUUCCAAACUAAUCUAGUUAACUACCUGAUGCCAGCUGUGAUGGUUCAAGACUUAAAAGGGUAACAUUUUACUUUUAAAGGUUUUAUACAACACAGUUUACUUCUUAGAAAUAUUGUCUUAUCACCAUAAUUAUAGCUAAUGUAAGUAGUCCUAUUCAUAUAUUAUUGUAGGGUUCACAACUUUAUGAAUCUUUCAAUGUUAGCAAUAAAUGAUUUACAUUGGCCACUAAGCCCAAGGUCCAAAGAGCCAUAUGACUAGUUCUGCAUGGGCAAGGGCCCCACCCACUUUGCAUGGCAAACUGCUUUUGAAAUUGCAGAGAGUUUUAAAACUUGUAUGUAAUACGGCAAAGGUGUCUCCUGCUCAAAGGGAGUGGGGGAGUCAAAUACCACGCUGAGCAUGUGCAAGCCCUUGGGUAUACCACAGUAGCUCUUUGGAUCUUGGCCAAUACACACCAAUUGCAGACUUAACUUUUAACCCUUUGACAACUUUGUACUCUCUUAAAAAGCUCACUUCUCUGCUAGGCGGUAUAUGCCAAGAGAAAGGAGGUGAUGUGAAAGCAGAACCCUAUAUUCCUGAACAUCACCACCUAAAAAAUCCAAGCAGAUGAUCCAAGGUAAAGCACAAAUUGCGGAGAUGCACCUGAGCUGAUUUGGGGCAUGUAUAGAGAAGCUGUACUGGAAUCAUGGCAUUCUAGCACUAAAUCAAACCUUUGCACGGUGUGGUUUUCAUACCCCUAACAAAGUCUUGACUAUGUUAUUUUACAAAGAGAGGAUAUUUUUUAAAAUAAUGCCUUUGCAAAAGUGCCUAAAUUUUGCCACAUCAGACUUGAAACUAAGUGACACUGACAUCUAUAAUUGAAUCUAUACCAAGUGAUUAAGCUUUCAGAUUUACAAUCAAGUUACCAAAAAAGAACUUGUUAUGAAAUAACUUCUUCCCAAUUAAAGAAAUGGGUCUAUAGAUGAAAAGAUUAGCAUGAUAUUCUAAUUUAACUCAAACUGAAUGCAGUCAUUUAAAAACUGGUAAAUGACUUUAAUCUAGAUGACUAAGAAAAUACUGAACAAAAUGUAGAGAGAGCUUCAGUUUAAUCCAUUGUUACUGCUGCCGUAUUUUUAAAAUCAGGUUUAAGAAGUUGUAACCGGAUUACAGCACACAGAAGGAAACUAGUUCUUUUAACCUUUUUUUCUUUAAAAGCUUAUUUUAUGUCACAGAACUAUGAAGAUAUCUUUAAUACAGCUAUAUACAUAUUAUAUAUAUACAUACAUAUAUAUGGACAAACAAUAUUUUAAUGUUUACUUUUUUAAAAACUGUGUUGAUUUACAAGGUAAUUAUAUACAUUUGAUUAAUGUAGGAUGUUUGUUUUUAAAAUUUGUUUCCUACACUGUUGUACCAAAUAUGUCAUAUUUCACAUUUUAUAUGUUGCACAUAUAUCAAACAAGUACAUAGUUUUUAAAUUAUUGUUUAUAAAGUAAAAAAGCAGCUGUUCUAUGGAAAUAUGUAUAAUUGUUUGAAACAUCUGGGUUUUUUCCUUGUGAACGUUAUAAAUGAUUGCAGUAUUUUAACUUGGCCUUUUCAGGUUGAUUCUAAGCUAUUUAGCUUUGGCAGCACUGCCUGUUCUGAAAGACCCGAAGCACUAAUUGAUUUUUUUUGUUAAUGAAAUUAUUUUUCAGUGUUAAUCUUGUUUUUCAAAUGUCUAAUAUCUGUUUAUAUUAAAACUGUAGUUUCAGUUUCCUAAAGGGGGGGGGACCCAAAAUCUGAUGGUAAACAUAGUGUUUGUAAUCUUGUAUUAAUUUUAAUUUGUGAGGAAUAUGUAUUUCUUUUAUUUUUUACUUGUAAAUUUUCUCUGUUGUUAAACCUGCGUUGAGGAUAUGGCUGUUUAUCUACAUCUGUAGUUUGGGGUUUUUUUGGGUUUUUUUUGAAGACACAUUUAAACAUUUGAUAGUUUAUUGUACAAUACUAAAUGGCAAUUUAUGUAUGUUGUUAAAAUAUUUAAACUGUAGAAAGAACAUUUUAUUGAACAUGAUGUUUAAGCAAUUAUUUUCUUAGAAUCACUGCAAUAUUAUUUUCUAUCCAUUAAUGAUCAAACUUCAUUACCUAUAUGAGUUUUCCUCUUGAACAAAAAGAAAAAGAGAGAUCCUAUUUUUGAAAGAAGAGUUCCACUGUAUCGACAUGUAAGUUUGUUCUGUUCCUACAUUUCUUAAAAUAUUUAUUUCAACCCUUAAUCCAUUGGCUCCAAAAUAGCUGUGUUGUCUAAAUGGGGCUAUGGGGGAAUAAGUGGUUUGAGUAUCACAGUUUAAGAGUGUGAGCCGCAGAGGUUGUACAGGCAGAGAAACCAGCAUCAAUAAGGAUGGGUUCCAUACAAUCCACUCUUGAAAGCAGUUGCCCUCCAAUAGUCCCGACUGAACCUUUAACUUAAGAUUGUUUUCUGAGUAUGUAUCUUUUUUGUUUUUCCUAUUUUAUUUUAUUGCGCAGCAUUUCAGUAGCCUCUGGCUGUGAAGCUGUUUAUAAAUUUGUAUUAUAGUACAGUAGGGCCCCACUCAUAUGGCAGGUUACGUUCCAGCCCCCGCUGAAAAGCGAAAACUGCCAGAAAGUGGGGCCCUACUGUAUUCCAGCCACCAGUGCAGCAGCUGGAGUGCAGCGGCUGGAGCUUCCCGCGCUACAGCUGAUCGCCCCGCUGGUGCCACCAUAUUAGCAGAAUGCCGAAAAGCGGAGCCCUACUGUAACAGCUUCUUAUGACUUCCCAAGAGCAUAUUAAUCCACUCAUCCCUGGCAUGUCCUCUUUUUUAAUCCUGUUCCUGCUUCCCUGUUCACAUACCUUGCCACUCCUUCACUCCAGAACUGACUUCUCCUUUAUCUGCACUCCAGCUAGUCUUCCUAUAAUGUUCCUCCAAUCCAGGCCCAACCUGAUCUUCUAACCCUAAAGCAAUAUGCAUAUAAGUGCUUGCUUUCACCUGUUUCUUGAUUUCAGCCAUUUGGCAUUUAAACCAAACAUAUUGCUUCAUCCCUUGCCUCACUUUGUUGGUUUGGCUUCAAUCUGUGGCCUGAACCACAAGUCCAAUCCUGAAUUUGUCUAUCAGCAGAACUAACAGUGUGAACAUUCAUGCCAGUUCUCAUUUGUACCUGCAAACAGGGCCGGCUCCAGGCAUGCCGGGCCUUGGGCAUCAGCCUGCCCCUCCACUCCCCUUCCGCGAUCUGCGGCAGGAGCCACAGAUUGCAGGACAGGAGCUUCCAAGCCGCCCGCUAUCCCCCCACUUCACCUACCUUUCUCUGCUGUUUUUUGCGGCCGUGCAAACUGCGUGCACAGGGUUGCCAUCAAUCAAGAUGGCGGCCAAGGUUUCU